AUGGAUCAGCCACAGGAGCGGAAAUAUUCUUUCCAGACACGCGUCUUCACAAACAUUCGAUGCAAUGCUGCUUACAUUCCUGGCAUACCCACUAUGUCUGCCCCAAGAAGUAAAGACUUCGAAACUGUUGCUGGAUUUGUCAAACGCUACAAUAGGAGUAAACUGGUCUGGGAAAGUUCUGUAAGUUCAGGGGGGCAAGUGAAACUAGGUAUUACAAAAGAGAAUCUUCGUAAGCUUGAUCAGUUGGAAAUACCAAAGGGUGUCAACGAAGAUAGUUGGAUUAAGCCGAGUGAAGACUGGCUGAAGGAAAAUCCUAAGGACCGUGGAAACUGGGAGAGCAAGAUAAAGAAUUUCCGUGGAGGAGAAGAAAUCAUCGAGGCCAAGGCGCUUAGUGAUGCUUUUAUGAACGAUCCCGAUUCCGGCGUUAUACACGUCACCCAGCAUGAAAAAAACCCGGGUCCAGACCGGAUUCUGUAUAUUCUCGAGCCUACAUUAGGAAGCGGCCCUAGUCAGCCAGUGCUUCCACCCAGUCAAGCUCGACAGAGUGUACAGCCGUCUCUUGAUACUACUGGCUUCUUAUUGGCAAAGCCAAAUCCAAUUCCUGAUCUUCAAAGACACAGCAAACUCAACGACGAUCCCAUAAAUCCCAGUACAUCUUCCAUUACGCCCUCUCAGACCCGUCCCGGCAAUAGCAACCCAUCUUCAGCUACUCCAGGUGCAACUACAAGACCGGUUCAUGGUGGUAACAGCAAUACAGAUGGAGGGAUCAAUCAAUGA